AUGGGCACUUCAGUUUCUGAUGAACCAGAUGCAAAUGAAUCAGACAUUCAUAGCUUGCCUUCUUCUCGCCGACACACAGAGAACUUGCCAUCACUUUACAAGGUGGGUUUCCCCCCUCGGAAGAAAUUAAUGAGUGAGUUCACUGAAACUUUGAAGGAGACUUUCUUUGCUGAUGACCCUUUAAGGGAAUACAAGGACCAGCCUAAAUCAAAGAAACUCCUACUUGGUAUCCAAUCUUUCUUUCCAAUCUUCAACUGGGGGAGAGAUUAUAAUCUUACUAAGUUCAAGGGUGACGUCAUUGCUGGAUUAACCAUUGCAAGCCUUUGUAUCCCUCAGGAUAUAGGAUAUGCAAAACUCGCGAACUUGGAUCCACAAUAUGGACUCUAUUCUAGCUUUGUACCACCACUAAUUUAUGCAGUGAUGGGGAGCUCGAGAGAUAUUGCAAUUGGGCCUGUAGCAGUUGUAUCUCUCUUGCUAGGAACCCUUCUUCAAAAUGAAAUAGAUCCAGUAACUAAUAAGGAAGAGUAUCAACGACUUGCAUUCACUGCGACCUUUUUUGCUGGUGUAACUCAAGCAGCACUGGGAUUUCUAAGGUUAGGGUUUUUAAUUGAUUUUCUAUCACACGCCGCAAUUGUUGGAUUCAUGGCUGGGGCAGCCAUUACUAUUGCACUCCAACAACUAAAAGGAUUUCUUGGUAUUCAGAAAUUCACAAAGAAGAGUGACAUUGUCUCUGUUAUGAAAUCAGUGUGGGGUUCUGUCCACCAUGGAUGGAAUUGGCAAACGAUACUAAUAGCGGCAUCUUUCUUGACAUUCCUUCUUGUUGCUAAGUACAUAGGGAAGAAGAAAAAGAGGUUCUUUUGGGUGCCUGCAAUUGCUCCACUGAUCUCUGUAAUUCUUUCCACAUUGCUUGUUUAUCUCACACGUGCGGAUAAAGAUGGCGUUCAAAUUGUGAGAAAAAUAGAGCAAGGCAUCAACCCAUCAUCUGUUUCUCAAAUAUAUUUCAGUGGUUCGUAUCUCACGAAAGGAAUUAGGAUCGGCAUUGUAGCUGGGAUGGUAGCUUUGACGGAAGCCGUAGCAAUUGGAAGAACAUUUGCUUCCAUGAAGGACUACCAGUUGGAUGGAAAUAGUGAAAUGGUAGCACUUGGAACAAUGAAUAUAGUUGGAUCGAUGACUUCUUGCUAUGUAGCUACCGGCUCUUUCUCGCGGUCUGCAGUUAAUUUCAUGGCUGGAUGCCAAACAGCUGUCUCGAACAUGGUUAUGUCAGUGGUAGUGUUAUUAACAUUGUUGGUGAUUACUCCCCUUUUCAAGUAUACACCAAAUGCCAUCUUAGCAGCAAUCAUUAUCUCGGCUGUGAUUGGACUCAUAGACUUCGAGGCAGCUCUUCUAAUAUGGAAGAUCGAUAAAUUUGACUUUGUUGCUUGCAUGGGUGCUUUCUUUGGAGUAGUUUUCGUUUCAGUUGAAAUUGGACUCUUAAUUGCUGUUUCUAUAUCAUUUGCUAAAAUCCUGCUUCAAGUAACACGGCCAAGGACAGCUUUACUUGGUAAUCUUCCAAGGACUACAAUAUAUAGGAAUAUUGAGCAAUAUCCAGAGGCGAAAAAAGUUCCAGGGGUCUUGAUUGUGAGAGUUGAUUCGGCUAUCUACUUUUCAAAUUCUAACUACAUCAGGGAGAGGAUCCUGAGAUGGUUGAGAGAUGAGGAAGAGAAAGUGAGCAUGAAAGACAUGCCACGAAUCAAUUUCUUGAUCGUUGAGUUGUCGCCGGUUAUUGACAUUGACACUAGCGGUAUCCAUGCCUUGGAGGACUUGUUCAAAACCCUCAAAAAGAGAGAGAUUGAGCUUGUUCUUGCGAAUCCUGGACCUGUUGUAAUCGAGAAACUCCAGGCUUCACAUUUUAUGGAGAUUAUAGGCCAUGACAAUAUAUUUCUAACGGUGGGUGAGGCAGUGAUGACUUGUGCAUCUAAGGCUAAAGAAGAGGUAUGAAGAAGCUGAAAGCAAGCAUUUGAUGCUUACUUGUCCUGAAGAGCCUGCUGCAUUUGAAUGUUUGAAGAAAAGAGGAAGAGUGACGGUUGUGUUGUACAAAUGUAGCAGAUUCAUGGGGUUUUUUUAUAUAUCAUAAGAACAGGAGAGGGGGAUGGUGGUGUAGUGGAUAUGUCAAUACUUGGAGUGGGGUAGCAAUCCAAAGUGCUACUCGCACUUAGAGAAAAAAGCGUAUGAGAUCAUUGGAGAAUAAGUGGCUUGAGAGGAUAUGUAUGAAAUGAAUCUGAGGAGGUAAAGGAAAUAUGCGUGUAUUUGUAUGUAAAAGAAAGAGAAGAACCAAAAUAAAAUAAAAUAUAUAUGAUCUAAA